ACAUUUAUGCAUGCCACGACUGGGUCUCGCACGUGAAAAUCAGCGGAGCUGAUUUUGCUUACAAUUGUUGUUUUAAAAAUACUUUAGUUUACUGUCAAAUAUGGUGGAUAUGGAUGAGGACUGCCAACUGGGACUAGAAUCAGAGGAGGAGGAGGAUAGCGAAUUAUCAGAUGGGGAGCUUCAAGAGGCUUUUGCCAAGGGGCUGCUCAAACCGGGUUUGAACAUUCAUGUGCAAGAGUCGCGAAAGGCUGUCAGUAAUGUAGAAGGGCUCAAGAAAUGCCUAGCUGAAUUUAAGAGGAGUCUUCCGUGGGUUGAGAGGCUGGACCUCACGAACUACCCAGCUAUUGACAUUGUGGCAAAAGCAGAAGGGAGACUAGAACAAAGUCAAAACAAUGAAGAAAUCAAUACAGAGGAUGACUUUCAGAGAGAAAUGUACUUCUAUCGUCAGGCUCAAGCGACUGUUCUAGAGGCCCUGCCAAAGCUACAGAAGUGUGAUAUUCCUACCAAACGGCCAGACGAUUACUUUGCAGAGAUGGCUAAAACAGAUCAGCACAUGCAGAAGAUCAGAAAGAAGCUGAUUCAAAAGGAAAUGGCGAUGGAGAAAUCUGAGAAGGCCAAGAAACUGAGAGAACAGAGAAAGUUUGGCAAAAAGGUUCAAGUGGAAGUACUCCAGAAGAGACAGAAAGAGAAGAAGGCCAUGUUGUCAGCAGUGAAGAAAUAUCAGAAAGGUAUGGCUGACAAACUGGACUUCCUGGAAGGCAAUCAAGAGGGGAAAAAAGGAGUAGCCACAUCCAAGCCACAGAUGAGCAAGCAAGGCCCCAACGCCAAACGCAGGUAUAAGGAACAAAAGUUUGGCUUUGGGGGCAAGAAAAAAGGCUCCAAAUGGAACACGAAGGACAGUCACAAUGACGUAUCCAGCUUCCGGGCCAAAACUGCACAUGGGAAAAUGGACAAUAAAUUCAGAAAAGCAGGGAAGAAAAAUAAGCGACCCGGGAAGGAGGCACGGCGGAAGAUGAAGGCUCGGAAGUGAGGCACGUGGGCCAUAAGUGCCCUUAACGUUAAAGUGGACUUGCGUUGAGUCCUUUGCUGGGCCACCACGUCACUGCCAUCCUACUCUUCACUUGCAGCCUCAGUACACUUCACUACAUGGCAUGGUCUCCAGCUUUUCCUGUUGUCCUUGGACUCGUGAAGUAACUCUCUUACUUUGUUACUCUGCUUUGCAGGGUGGCAAUCAAGGCUUCCUUUUGGGUUUGUCUUUUAUGUCAGUUUUAUUCUCAAUUGUGUGCUGUUCUUGUUUCCUGACCUCCUAUUAUUGUGCAGCAUAUUCUGAUUGCAUCUAAGAGAAAUUUUAUAACCCAUUACUGUAUCUUAAAUGGCUGUUUUUUUUUUUUUGGGGGGGGGGGGGGGGGGGUUGGUUGGUUUUUGCAGUGGUAAGUUUAGUAAUAGACAGAGAAGUAAAUUGGUGAAUGUUCUUUUCAUGCUCUGCCCCUAACAGACUGUCCUGUAUCUUACUAUUUUUAUUUUGUAAAGCGUGGAAAAGGUACCAGUCACCAUAAAAUUCAUAAUUAGGAAAA